AUGGCAUCCGACCCCGACUCUGACCCCGACUCUGACCCCGAAGGCGCCGCCAUGGCCGCCGCCAUGGGCUUCAGCUCCUUCGGCGGGAAGAAACCCGCUGCCAAAAAACGCAAGUUCAACCCCUCGACCGACGCUUUUGUCGAAGGCGACGCGCUGGAGAAACUGGACCGCGGUGGGAAGAAGGGGACAGGAAGUGGCGGUAACACGAUCCCGCUCGGUAAAACAAGGACGAUUGGGGUCAAGAGCGAGGCGCAACCACCAGGAGCGAAGGCGAAUGACGACGAAAUCGCGCUUGAUGAUAAGGAGGAGGAGGAGGAGGAUCAUCCAGAGGUGGUGGAAACUGCGAGGAGGAAGCCAGUCCGGGUAUCGGUGGAGAGGAGCUUGAGAGGCAGUAGUGAGAGUUCUGGUGGUGAUGGGCCGCGGUAUAUGGAUACGAGCGAGGUUGCGCCGGUCGUUACACAGGGGGCAGACCGGGAGGCGGUCCACGUUGGAGCAACGGGUGCGGCGGCUGGGGUGGAGGACGUGGUAUCCGAUGCCGAGAAAGCAGAGAUGCAGAGACGGAUCGAUGCCAUACUUGCGAGUAUGGACAGCGCUCCACCACCGCCGAGUAACGACGUGGAACGUCCCUAUGCUUCAUCCGUAACACCGGGUGCAAUGCCUCCACCGCACGCGACUUUACCGAGCAGGGCUGCAUUCGGCACCAGUCCCGAUGCGACGUUGAUGCAGGGCGCAGCUGGAGGGGGGAGAGGUGGUAAGGGACGAGCAGGCAGCGAGGCAGGCAGUUCGUGGGGAGGGAGGAGUGAAGCGGGAAGCUCGAGGGGUGGAGGUAGACAACGGGGAGGUCGUGGAGGUCAGAGGGAAGGAAGAUGGUAUGAGGAAUAUUAUGACCCGGCUUUCAAUACGAAUCCUUGGGAGGCUCUGGAGAAGGCGAAGGGCUUGAAGCCUGUUGGAUCGUGGCUUGAGUAUUCCGGUGGGCAAAGAGCUUGA